UACGAAUUGUGCUGUCGGCCUGUCGCGCGGUCAUGUGUUCGAACUCCAACCUAGCAACGAAAGAUAAAAAUUCCUCAUCCUUAAUUUCGACCUGAGGCGUUAUAGCUCGAGUUAGUAUUGGACAUUUUUGUGAGUUUCAGACAAGUUUUUACUGACCUCAAAAUGACCAAUUGCAUUAAGAUAGAGGAUUCCUACCAAGGUUAUUCAUUGGAUUCAUUUUGCAUUCCAAAGCAUUAUGAGGAUGAUCUCGAAUCUGUUCUGAUCCCAUAUGGUGUCAUUCAUGAUAGAAUUGAAAGGAUUGCCAAAGAUAUCUUUACCGAUUUUGGUAAAGAACCUCUGGUCGCAAUAUGUGUUCUCAAAGGGGGCUACAAAUUUUACACAGAUCUGAUUGAUAAAAUAAAUAGUCUGAAUCGAAAUCAAGGUGAAAGAUCAGUGCCCCUUUCAGUGGAUUUUAUCCGACUAAGAAGCUAUCAGAAUGACAAGUCUGUUGGCACCAUUGAAGUUAUUGGAGGUGAUAACAUGGAAAGUGUUAAAGGAAAGAAUGUAUUGGUUGUUGAAGAUAUUAUUGAUACUGGAAGAACUAUGAUGAAGCUACUAGGAUUAUUAGAAGAAUUUCAGCCGAAAUGCGUCAAAGUUGCCAGCCUUUUGCUGAAGCGUCAACCUGCCUCAAAUGGUUACAUUCCUGAAUAUUGCGGGUUUGAAAUUCCAGACAAAUUUGUUGUUGGGUAUGCCCUGGACUUCAAUGAAAGAUUUAGAGAUCUGCAUCAUAUAUGCGUUGUGAACAACAACGGCAUCAACAAAUACAAAGUGUGAUGUCAAGGGUCUUCCGUUAUAUGUUGCGGACCACCACUUCCAUUCCGCUUAAACAUCAGUUAUAACAACCAAAUAAUGGAAUGAAAAAUAAAAUUAAUGUUUACAUUUUUCCAAAAAGAAUAAAUCAUUAAAAUGCUCUCUUGUGCAUUUUGUGCCAUAGACAUGCGCACGAAAUUGUCAAAAAAGAAAUUUAGUGUAAUUUUGUUCGAAUUAGCAAGAAAUUCAAGUUUUAAUUUUAAAAAAUUAUACCUUUAUUUGUUAA